AUGAAUAGAAGGAGAAAUAUCAACAUUUUCAGCCUGAUCUACGCUAACACAUUCCCAUUGGCUGUUUUGCGAACCCCUCUUGAGGACCAGGCUAGUAGCAUGCAGAGUAGUUGGGGGGUUUCAAGUGAUGAUGAUAAUGUUGCUGAUGAUGUUGAAUAUGAAGCUCCUGAUUUUCGGCCAGUGGAUUGGGCUAUUGUCCGGGGGCGCGACGGGAGAUUUGCACGUGGCGGUCCUAGUUUUUCAGCCGCCUCUGAGCGCUGGAUGAAGAGGCCGUUGGAGGCCAUCAUCGGACUGAGGGAUAUGACUGAUGCACUGUAUGAUGUUCUACCUGCUACUCCCCUCGGCCGACUACCGUACAUUAUGCCCCAGCACAUCGACUGUGCUUUGAUUUUGGCGUUUGUGGAGAGGUGGCAGCCGGAAACGAACACCGUCCACAUGCCGUGGGGGGAAAUGACUAUUAUGUUAUACGACGUGCAACGCAUACUAGGCAUUGCUAUUGAAGGCUCUCUGCCGGCUGAGCCUACUGUAACAACCCGGCUUACCGUUGACUGGAAGAAGGAAAACGGUGAUGGAGGUCUUGGUUCCUUGCGGGUUACUCGAAGAAGAAGGAAAAGGAAAAGGGAAAUAGGAAAAGGGAAUGUCGGUUUAGGAGAAGGGGACGGGAAGGGAAAUGGGAAUUGGGUUUCUGAUUUGGGGGUUUGGGUCGGUAUCACCAAUCUUUUCGGGGAGCCUAUGUCUGAGCUACGGCGUAGGGGUGCGUUCACCAGCGGCUGCGUGAACGUUGCUGAACUGAUGCAGCUAUGUCAUAGGUCCCAAUCCAUUGAUACCCAGUCGACAGCCUAUUACAUGGCUAUCGUCGGCUCUACCUUGCUGGCUGAUAAGACCAGGAUCGACAUGCAACUUCACGCGAUAUUUGGUGUGAACGCCGAUCAGGAUGAGAUCGCCUGGGGUGCGGUGGCGUUGGUUUACAUGUAUCGGCAGCUCGGAAUGACAUCUAGGGCUGGCUGCAAGACCAUUGCGGGUUAUCUGACAUUGCUGCAGACAUGGAUAUAUGAGUACUUUCCCGCUUUCCGCCCUCAUCCUCGCCGAGCAGACGAACCAAACAAGACUAGGGCGGAGAUGUGGUCGACGAAAAAACCAUGUCGUGAGGUGGACAGGCUGAGGGAGUGCCGUAGCAUACUUAACUCCAUGACGGAGACUCAGGUGGAAUGGACUCCGUACAUGACUGAUUCUAGGGCGUUGCUAAAUGAACACCCACGCACCACCUUCAUUUGGGGCAUCACUUGCUUUGAUAUCGUGGAGGUGUAUUUGCCGGAGUGGGCAAUACGACAGGCAUGGAGUAGGUUCCCCUUUAGUGCCCGCAUUGGUGAGCAUGCACUUCGUCGGGCAUUUUUUCCAUUAGAGGUUGAACCUAGUUAUGUUGACUGGUUAAGCGUGUGCUCGCACCCCUUUGUAGUCCCCGGCGAAGGACCGACUGCCGGUCCUCGUCGAACGGAGAGCAGAUCUGAAUAUUUUCUGAAUGAAUGGCCAAGUCGAUUUGCUCCAUUGGCAAGAUUACCUCCUGUCGCGGAAAUGAACCCCCGGCAACGACAUUCCUUAGAUGUAUACCUUAAUGAUUGUAAAGAUUUAUUUGCCGAACGGAAAACAUUUAAGGGGCAGGACCCUUCAUAG